UGUAUUCUGGUCUGAUCCUUCCAGUUCCCAUCUCCUUCCAUCAGUGGUUGGAUUCUCUUGCUGAGUCUAGCCCGGAGGUUGCAAGCUCAGUUGCACAGGGCUGAAGGGGGGCAUGUGGUGAACUGCAGAACACAUGCCCCACUUACAGAGGGCAGCACCGUUCUGCUCCCACCGGGUGCUCCUGCCAGGGAAGGGGACUCGUUGCCUGUUCCUCUAAAGAUUAAGCCAGAAAUCUAGAUGUUUUUAAUGUGCAGUCUCCUCAUUUUUAAACGUUGGCAGCUAACUCAAACAUUUUUCAAGACUCUGUGGGCCAAACAAAAUAUAUCUGGGGACCAAAUCCAGGCCACAGAUAGCCAGCUUUUUACCACUGAGGAGCCUGUUGGACAGGCUGACUGGCUGAGUUUGAGGUUUGGCCCCCGGACAGAAGCUCUUGGAUUGUCCAUCUUGGUUUCCCCCAGUGCAGGCAGAGGGAAUGGACCACCCACCCUAGGGAGGUUCCCAAGGGACACUUUUCCCUGAGCCUGGCUCCUAAGAGCCCUGCUUUUCUGGAAAGGAUAAAAAGACACCUUCCCCAGAACUUCUCUGAAGAACAUUUUGUGUCCCGUCUCCUUCAUCCCCUCCCCUCCUGGGAUCGUAUCUCACUUCAAAAGCAGAAUGAGUAUUGAUCCCAUCUUGUAGGUGAGACAGGUAGAGACUAUUGAAUCAGCACCUUUGUCUUAAAUGCUUGAUGGCAAAAUAGAUUGCAAAAUAGUAGCUGAAUGACAAUCUGAGGGAGAAAGUUAGUCUCGGAGCAGAUGGAAGAAACUGUAUAUUUUUUCAACAAUUAUAUAUUGAACACUUGCUAGGUGCCAGCUCUUUUACCAUGUGCUGUGUGUACAGAAAAGGGUGAAACAUAGUCUGCUCCUAAGAGAGUCACAGCCUAGUGGAGGAGACAAGUGUGAAAAGAAACAAUUUAUAGCAGUGUGAAAAGAGCAGCAGGACAGAGAUGCCACAGAGCAAAGAGCAGGGGUGGAAAGAGGGUCUAAAAAAGGCUUUUUGGAUGCAGUGAUAGCUGGGCCAAGUUGUGAAAGAUGAAGAGGGGUCUGUCAGGUAGACCACUGGGGGAAAGCAUCCUAGAAAAAAGAAAAGCAUCUGCAGGGUUUCAGAGGUAUGGAGCAGAAUGUAGUAGUCUAGGAACUCUCGUCAUUGCAAGAGCUUCAAGUGUGAAGGAUAAAGCAAAGCCAGGCAUGAGGGAACAGGGUAGGAGAGAGUGCCAGGGACCAGGUCCCAGAAGGCCUUGUCAGAGGGAGUAAAGGAGGACCAGUGUUUUCCCAUCUUCAUUAGAAGGCUGCCUUGGCAAGCAUAAUCUUGGUUAGAAUCAAACAAACAAAAUCCUCAUUUCUUCUUACAAAAUUUAUGCCAAGAGGAGAGCCACCAUCAAUCUGAGCCACUUAAAAAGAAAGUUUGACAUAACCUUCAUCAAUUUCCUUGAGACUUCAUGCCGUUCAUAUAAGACAAGGAACGUGAAAAUAAUAUCAAGCACUUAGAUGGUGUUUACUCUGCAGGGCAUUGUCCCAAGGGCUCUAUGUAUGGAGCAUUCAUAUAACUCCUUAAAUUCUCAGAACCACCCUAUGAUGCAGUUGGUCCUCACUACACUGUAGUAGUUAAGUGACCUGUCCAAGGUCAUAUAGCUUGUAAGUGACGGAGAAGGCAUGGAACCUCAAGAGCAGGCUAUCCUUGCUCUUGACUGUCUUUGUACAGCGCUUCUGUCUGCCAUGUCAUGGUCUUUCUCACCAGAGGUUUUGGAAGGCCAAUAACAAAUGUCCAGGAACCAGAGAUGAGGCUGUUGUGUUUGUAUAAGACCAUCUCUUUUGCAUUGUUGGGAGUAACAAUUAUAAAUGCAAAUGGUCAGAGACUCUGCCUUAAUUCAAGGGGCAAUGGGAGCUGCAUAUGAACUAUGGCUGCCCCCUGCACACUGCUGGCUUUGAUGUCACUACCAUAUUCUAUGAAACAGUGCAGCAUGUGGCCCUGUCUUUUAAGGCAGUCAGCGAUCUGUCCUGGUGGAAAUAGAAAAGGUCUCUCAGUACUUUAGAUAAUUUUCUUCAGGAACUCUGCAGGGCUGGGUUCAGGUGGGGUUUAAAUAGAAGAAGUAUCCAUUAUGUUCAGAAAGCAUUGCAAUUUCUCUUUGAUGUUUAUUGUGCAUUAUUAGUUAAGAGACAUCUUGGAGAAAGAAAGGCACAAGUUUAAAUGCUGAAAUUCUGAAAUGAGAUUCUUUGAUUGUUGUCUGGAGAAAUCUGCAGCACUGACUUUUAUUCUUAAAAAAAAAGGAAAAGAAAAGUGAAAGAAUCAGAUGGUAUUUCUAUGAGGAAAGCAGUAAUUGCAGUUUUCAGGGUGAACACUUGUUUUUUUAUAGCAUGACAACUUUUUUUUAGAAAUGAACUUCAAACCUUCCACACUUGUUAAAAAUAUUUCCACCUGCAGGGAAACAAAUUCAUUUUCAUUAAUACCUUCGGUGUUUGUAUAAUCAACAAACAAGCAUGGAAAUAAAUAUCACCGAGAGAGGUGUUUGGAAAAAUUUAAGACAGACGUAUUUUGUGUUUUCUGUGAGGUGGCUUAGUUAUUUUAGAAUUGCAUUGUAAUUAGUCAGUUAAUUACUACAUUUUAAAAAUAUGGUAAGGGGAAGAAAUUACUUUUCAGAAGAUGGAACUAACUGGAUUUUUUUAGUGCUAUGGAGAAACACAAGAACAAAAAAGCAACCUUUUAAAAAUAUGCUACUUCUUCUCUUCUUAUGUCUCAUUUUUCAUAGAAAAAAAAAUCCCAUUUUUGGCAUUUUCCAACCAACUUGAGACCCUUGCACGUUGCUUUGGGUCACAGAUGAGAUCCUGAAACAUUAUAUACAGAUCAGAGUCUCCUAAGUUGAACCAUUUAAAAUGCACUCACCUGAAAAGACCUCCUCAUUGGAAAGGGAUCCCAUGGGAGUCCUUUUAGGAAAUGAAUAAAACAUUUUAUAUGAAAAUAUCUCAGUUUCCCUAUUUUUAAAAUUUAGAUUUCAAUAUGCCAGUUUAUCAUAAAGUAGGCAUGUAUUUAUAGGCAACAUAAUUUUACUUGGUGAACGUUAUACAGAUUCUGAAGUAGAAGGACCUUAAAAUACUCCAGAAAUUUGCUCACAAAAUAUGUCCCUGUAGGUGUUAUCACUUGUUGGGAUGGAACAAAUUACAACAGAGAGACAAGAAGAAUUUCGCCAAACCUUAAGGUUCUCGAGGAAGGAGAAUCAAAAUUCCCUGUUUGUGUGCUUGCCAGUAUAUCCGUUCGACCUAAAAUUACAUAAUUUAGAUGUCUGAAGUUAAUUGCAGCUCACUGCUAUCACAAGUCUAUUUUUAGACGCCAGAAGUGCACCCAGGUCGACCUACCAGGCAGGGUCCGCCGGGAUCUGAACACAGAGUGCCCUUUGUGAAAAAGGAGUUGCCCCCAGUAACAGCACACGGGAUUGUUCCAUUGUUAACACUAAGGAGGGAACUUCCUGAUUUUUUUUUCUUCAUUUUUAUUUAGUGGUUUCUAAACUAAAAAGGAAACAUUGAAUGGUGCUUAAUUUCAAGUCUAUGGGUUAAUGUAUUAUUUUCUUUCCUUAAACCCACUUUCCUCUUUCCCUCUCACGUUGUAAGUGAUGUGUUUACUUAUUUAUGCCCUUGUGCUCUCGUUUCCAAGGCUGGGAUUUUCCCUUCUCUUUCUUGGCUGUAAUUUUGAUACAGAAGGGAAACUGCUAGAGAGAGAAGGUGGCGCAGAGGGCAGCGCUGGCUGUGGUUAACCACCCUCAUUAGCUGGGGAUGAACCGUCUGAGACCAUGAAGGACACAGUUCACUUCCCAUGCAGAGGAAUGCGCUAACCAAGUGACUCUUAUGCCGAAGAAUACCAGCCUCCGAUAUGGAAAUCGUACUUGUAUCAGUUACAGCAAGAGGCCCCUCGUCCCAAGAGGAUCAUUUGUCCUGGGGAGGAUGAAGCUUUGCAAUAUCUUUGUGGAAAACAGACCAAAAUAUUAUGGAAGAGAAUUUCAUGGGAUCAUCUCCCGGGAGCAGGCAGAUGAGCUUCUUGGAGGCGUGGAGGGUGCCUACAUCCUUAGAGAAAGCCAGCGCCAGCCAGGAUGCUACACGUUAGCUCUGAGGUUUGGAAACCAGACCUUAAACUACAGGCUCUUCUACGAUGGAAAACACUUUGUGGGAGAGAAGAGGUUUGAAUCGAUUCAUGAUCUGGUCACAGAUGGCUUGAUAACACUGUACAUAGAAACAAAAGCUUCGGAAUACAUUUCCAAAAUGACAACGAACCCCAUUUAUGAACACAUUGGAUAUGCCACUUUACUGAGAGAAAAAGUAUCCAGAAGGCUAAGCAGGUCUAAAAACGAGUCAAGGAAAACAAACGUCACAAAUGAAGAACACACAGCGGUUGAAAAGAUCUCCUCCCUGGUCCGCAGGGCCGCCCUCACGCACAACGACAACCACUUCAACUAUGAGAAGACACACAACUUUAAGGUCCACACGUUCCGAGGCCCACACUGGUGUGAAUACUGUGCCAACUUCAUGUGGGGGCUCAUCGCCCAAGGGGUCCGGUGCUCAGACUGUGGAUUGAACGUACACAAACAGUGUUCCAAGCACGUUCCAAACGACUGCCAACCUGAUCUCAAAAGGAUCAAGAAGGUGUACUGUUGUGACCUCACAACACUCGUGAAGGCUCACAACACCCAGAGGCCCAUGGUGGUGGACAUAUGCAUUCGGGAAAUCGAAGCAAGAGGAUUAAAGUCAGAAGGCCUUUACAGAGUCUCUGGGUUCACGGAACACAUCGAAGAUGUCAAAAUGGCAUUUGACAGAGAUGGUGAAAAAGCAGAUAUAUCUGCCAACAUCUAUCCAGACAUAAACAUCAUCACUGGAGCCCUUAAACUGUAUUUCAGAGACUUACCCAUUCCUGUCAUCACCUACGAUACCUAUUCCAAAUUUAUAGAAGUAGCAAAAAUCUCCAAUGCGGAUGAGAGGCUGGAAGCAGUCCAUGAAGUACUGAUGCUGCUGCCUCCUGCCCACUAUGAGACCCUCAGAUACCUAAUGAUCCACCUCAAGAAAGUGACUAUGAAUGAAAAAGACAAUUUCAUGAACGCUGAAAAUCUGGGGAUCGUGUUUGGGCCCACCCUGAUGAGGCCCCCUGAGGACAGCACCCUUACCACCCUCCACGACAUGCGGUACCAAAAGCUGAUUGUGCAGAUUUUAAUAGAAAAUGAAGAUGUUUUGUUUUAAUCCACCAGGGAAAUGAGCUGAAUGGCCCCAGCCCCCUCUAAAUUGAUAAGGCUAAAGGAAUAAAAACAUUUCUUACACUUGAUUUGUUUUCCAAACAAGUGACAGAAUUUCCUGGACCACAGUGGAUUGCCGAGUCGGCUACUGUGUCUCAUAGACACUUGCCUCCUCCACAUAAGAACAGUGAGGGUGAGGGUGGGAAAAAGCUCCCGCCUUGGGUCUUUGCCGAGCCUCCUGUGUGUCUGUUUUGCUGGAAGAGUGAUUAAUAAAUCCUUCUUUAACUUAUUAAAAAACAAUGUAGACUUUUAAAUUUCAGUCUUAUCAGUAAUAAAAGGGAACUUAAUUCAUAGAGGUACUUGAUACAGUUAUACAUUUUCCACUUACAAAAAGAAGACAAUUCUAUAUGUUAAAUGUUAAAUGAAACUUAUAUUGUAAAAUGUAUUUUUAUUUUAGCUGCAAGAAUGUUACUUUAUUUUAGCAAAUAGAACUCAAUGCAGUGCAUUGGUUAUUACCCUGUGUUCCUCGUCCUGCCUUCUUGCUGUGAUGCCCUGGAAAAGUUUACCGUGAAUGCAGUAUUAUCUUGACAUACCUCUGUCCUUAUAGUGCUUUUCAAUGAAAUUUCACCUGCCACACGUGUCCCUGCUUUUGAUAGUUUUUGCUGUUAAGCACUGGCAUUUUGCUAUCAUAGUAUGUUUAUAGCAAUUGUAGGAUGGUCUGAAACAUCCACAAACUUUCUUUCCAUAAAAACUUUGUGAAACCCCCAGUAUGUUUUGGAAUUGGUCGUAGUCUUUCCAUGUCAUGUGUGCGGUCAUUUUACAUAAAAUGAUUUGAGAACACUGGUUGUAUCUGGGCCGUGUAAAAAGUUAGCACUUUUCCUCUUUUCUUUUCCGGCAAGCCCUCUGAAUUCAUCUAUUAAUGGCAAUUUGAAUUUUUUCCACAUUUCUGUAUUUAUGAAAAGUGAAUCUGCAGAAUAAUUGUUGAUUUUUUCAUUUUGGUUUUAUGAACAAGCCUCUUUUUAAAAGUAAGAAUGAAUAAGUUUGGUUUUUAAAAAUAUUUGUUCCUCCUUGACAAAAGUAGCUCUGUGGAGAUAAUAAUUUAAUAUGAUUUUUGUUACUAUUCUUCCAUCUUUGUGGUUAUAUUUAUCUUAGCAUGAGCUUUUCACACCAAGAUUUCUAUAUUUUGUAACAUAGGUAAAAUAUUCAAAACAUCAAAAACUGUAAAUCUAGAUUUUUUUUUUCUUAAAUCCAACAGUGUCUUUUCCUCUGAUUGUCUGAGAUGAUUCAUGUAAUUACUCACUCAUCUUGUUUUGGAGUGACCAGAAGAGAAUUUCUGUGUGAUAAGUGAGCUGAAAGUCAGGAGGAGGGCAGUGCACGUGUUGUCCUGGGAAGGCCCAAGGGCUGUGCGGAUGGACUCCAUUGGCACACGGGCGUCCACAUGGUUCUGCUUGUUCCCUGCCCUUAUUGUUCCUCCCAACUGUACAGAUUUGUUUGUUGUAGCUUAUGUACUUCUUGAUACUGUCAAAAACUUAUCUGGAAAUGGUUUUAUUUUGUGAAGUGAACAAUACUUUGUAAUUUAUGAUAGUGUAAAUGGAAAGAAAAGCAUUAAGUGUAUUAAAUUCUUCUGUCUAUCA